UUAAUUGGGAAUUGCUUGUUCCACACUUCAACAGCCCAAAGAUCAGUGAGAAACCAGAACAAAAAUCCCUGCAAGUAGCAAUUUAAUUGUUGACUGUUGCAAGACUCGUAUAACUCGGUAUUUGAUUCAGAUAAGACACGAUGGCGACCGAGUCACCGAGUUCCACUCGAAAAGUUGUUGUUCACUUUAGAGCCACUGGCGGUGCUCCUAUACUUAAGCAGGCCAAGUUCAAGAUAUCGGGAGCUGACAAGUUUGCAAGAGUAAUUGACUUCCUAUGCAGACAUCUUGGCCGAGAGACCUUGUUUGUGUAUGUUAACAGUGCAUUCUCACCAAACCCAGAUGAACUAGUGAUUGAUCUGUAUAACAACUUUGGUUUUGAUGGUAAAUUGAUUGUCAAUUAUGCUUGCUCCAUGGCUUGGGGCUAAUCCUUUGAUGGGUUUGAUGAUAUAAAACUUUUUAUAUAACUCUGAAAUCUUCACUUUCGUGCAAAUAAACGAACACGGAAGAUUCCAACUGGGAAGACAGAAGAGAGCAGAAAAUUCACAUUCUUCUGUUCUUUCUUUUUUUAGCAUAUAUUUUUUGCGCAAAAAUGUGAAGAUGCCUAAUCAUCUUGAUGUAAGGCUGAAGUACUAUUCUGAUGCAUAAAGUGAUCAAUAUUCCUUUUCACAAUUAUCUUUGUUGGUGUUCAGCGUCUAUUAGAAACUUGGGUAAUGUAGUCUCCCAGUAACAUUGAAGUCUUUAUCGACGUUGAUUUAAAAUGGUAUAUUCUGCAGUAAA